AUAUGUAUAUAAUAAUGAGUGAAGCUAUAGCCCAUAAGUUUGUAGUUUAUGAAAGCAAUCAAGAUUUUCUUCAAAGAUUUUGGAGUUGCUAAUCUCGUUUAGGAGUUUCGGACAAGAAUUGUGAGAGGGCAGAGGUUUUUAUUUAUUUAUAGUCUGUCUGUUGAGAGCAUAUAUAGUUGAAAAGCUGUGUCAGUGUGUACUCCUUGCUUUUUGCUCCGCCACCGCCAAAUUGGCAAGCCUUUCGCCGCCUUCUACGACUUGUUUCCUAUAAUCUUGCUCUCUCCUCUCAUUCUCUCUCUCUCUACAUCUGUGUGUGUGUGUAUAUAUUGGGUAUUUUCAAGAAGCAGAGAUUUUCUUUUCUUGGAGCUGAAAACGAAGUGCCCGGCUGGAGAAAGACUGUAGCUUUUAACCAGGGGAACACGUGUGAUGCAUUUGGAUUAGCAAAAUCAGUUGGUGAGUUCAAGAAAACUAUCAUUGCUUACGGUGUAGAAGAGUAAAGGAAAGGGAAAAUCAUUGAAGAUUGAGAUUGGAGGGAACUUUCCCAAGAAAAGUUUGUAUCUUUUGGGGGAGGUGUGGUUGUUGGUGGAUGAGCUGAUUUUGAGAGAUUUGUUGCAAAAGGUGGAUCUUGAGAGCGUAUAGUACCAUGUGAUAAUACUCAGCUGCUCUUAUUCAGCAAUUUCUGUGUUCAAAAGUCUGUAUAUUUCCACCAUGCCUCUUUCAGAGUUUUUGAGAUUGGCUAGAGGAAAGCUUGAAUCGGGCCGGCAGAAACCAUGUCCAUCUGAUCCCUCUUCCCGGGCUGAGGGCGAUGUGGUUGAGCUUGUAUGGGAGAAUGGCCAGAUUAUGAUGCAAGGUCAGUCCAGUAGGGUUACUCAAAGCCCUGUUCGUAACAGUUUUUCUUCUAACACACAUAGAGUUCGUGAUGCCGGAGUAGUAAAUUCCACCAGUGCAAGAAUCGAAAAAUUUGGUGGAGUUGAGUCUAUCUUGGAUGAUAUGUUGCCAGUAGUGCCCUCAGGGGACUUGGAUUUGAGCCAAGAUGAUGAAAUGGUUCCUUGGUUAAGUUAUCCCAUGGUUGAUGCUCUGCCUCAAGAUUACAGUUCUGAUCUUUUACCGGGAAUAUCUGGUGUUACGACCAAUGGAUUGUCCACCCAAAAUAGCUUUGUAUCGGUGGAGAAGAGAAGUAGUUGUAAUCAAACUGUUAGUAAUUCGCAUAAUGGUGGGAAUACUUUGAAGGCUUCUUCACCAAAAACUCGUCCUUUCUUUUCAUGGCCGCCUCAGCCUUCCCAGACAUCAGUUGCCCUAGGAUCUGGAGUUUCUGACAUUAUUAGCAAUAGUAUGAGUAACCAUCCGGAUGAUAUAUACAGGAACCCUGCUCAAGGUAGAGAUGUAGUAAAUAAUUCAACAAGUAUGAAGAUGCAGAGGCAGAAUAUAGGACCAGCUACUAAUAAUUCAAAUUUGCUGAACUUCUCCAAUUUUACAAGACCAGCAGGCCUUGUUAAAGCCAAUCCCCCAAACUCCGGUGGAAUUCCAGCUUCAGUUUCAUCAGGGGUGGAAAGGAUGGGAGUUAAGGAGAAAGGUUCAGCUAUUGGCAGCAGUAAUCCACUCAAAUCCUCGUCUCUUGAGCGAUUUAAUAGUACACAAAAAGACAUUGACUUCCAUGGUUCAUCUGCUAUGCUUGCUAUAGUCAAUUCUAGAAAACCAGCAGUUAAGGCACCAAAGGAGUCGUAUACCCCUGACAGAACUGAGAAUUUAUGCCGAGAAACUUCCAUCAAGAAUGAUAAGCCCCAAAUUGUAAGUGAUUCUGCGAAUUCAACAAAAGCAGUCCCAGAUGGUGAGAGAACAGUUGAGCCUAUGGUUGCGUCUUCUUCUGUAGGCUCUGGCUAUAGUGCUGAUAGAGUUUCUUGCGAAAAAGCACAUAAUUCGAAGAGAAAAUUUGGUGAUGUUGAGGAAUCAGAAUGCCGUAGUGAUGAUAUUGAAACAGAAUCUGUUGGUGUCAAAAAAUCAACUCCAGCUCGAGGUACUGGAUCAAAGAGAAGCCGAGCAGCAGAAGUACAUAAUCUUUCCGAAAGGAGACGAAGGGAUAGGAUUAACGAGAAAAUGCGUGCAUUACAAGAACUUAUACCCAAUUGCAACAAGGCGGAUAAAGCUUCAAUGCUUGAUGAAGCCAUUGAAUAUCUAAAGACCCUUCAACUUCAAGUACAGAUUAUGUCCAUGGGGGCUGGGUUAUGUAUGCCACCUAUGAUGUUUCCUACAGGAAUGCAACACGUGCAUCCUGCUCAUGUUCCCCAUUUUUCACCAAUGGGUGUCGGAAUAGGAAUGGGUAUGGGAUUUGGGAUGGGUAUGCUAGACAUGAAUGGUGGAUCUCCUGGAUGCCCUGUUUUUCCGGUACCCCCCAUGCAAGUACCACACUUCCCUUCUCCAAUGUCAGGCCCUGGAAAUUUCCAGAGAAUUCCCGGUCCAAACCUUCCCAUUUACGGGCAGCCCGGUCAAGGACUGGCCAAUUCAGUACCAAGAGCACCUGUGGUUCCUUUAACUGGGAAGCCUCCUGGACCUUCAGCCACGGGUUCAGGUGCUUUCAGGAGUGGAAGUCACAAUGAAGUGUCUAGUGCAGCUCCAACUUUGAAUUCUGGGGACCCGGUGAUAGACAAGAAUGCACAGUUAAUGUGCAAUGCAGAAGCUAGCACUCCAGUCAACCACAAAUCUAAUCAGCUGCAAGCUACAAACGAAGUUGUAGAUCAGUCUGCUGCCGUGCAAGAGAAUAAACAGGCUACAGAUGCUACGUGUCCUGCGGCUCUGACCUCCACAACAGCAACUGACACUAGCAAAGAACCAGGUUGUGAUUAACAGGAAGUUCCACUAUUCUCGAUCACGUGGAAGAGAUAAUACCCAAUUCACAAAACGGCUUAUCUGCAUACGAGGUAGAACAUUGCCUUAGUUAUGAGACUCCAGUUUUGUAGUGUUUUGCAAACGAGGUGAAAGUCCAACUCAGAAUCUACUACUAAGGACUACAAAAUACAAAUUGCACAGGUUUUGCUACUUUGAGGAGAAUCACAGUCGAGCCUUUUACGGUGUUGUAUAUUAUCAGCAUGACUCAUGGAUUGAGCAGUGUUAGAGUAGGUCUCGGCAAAUCUGUAAUUUACAUAUUUUCAGUAAAAGAUCUUUUUCACUUUCAGAUUUACCAUCAAAUAAUGUCUAUAUGAUGAUUUAUUUCAUUAAACUACUUUUAUAACCAUGAGUAGACUCAUUUAUGCCAUUCA